CGACUUACAAACAAAUCAAACGUCGUCGUUAAUCCAUCUUUUAUUCGAUCUGCGUACCAUCAUCUUCAUCAACUGCAACAAAUUAGGGUUUCAACUUUCACACUCUCUACAAUUCCUCUUCAAUUAGGGUUUUGUGCGAUCACACACGCAUCCUCAAAUCUCCAUCUUCACUCGAAGAUCGCAACAAUGGCGAAUGAUUCUGAACAAACACAAGAUCUCGUAGGCUCCUAUUUCUUAAACCUAUGGCGAUUGAAGUCCAAAACAGCAUCAAAAGACGUUGAAAUGAUGAAUUCGGACAACGAAGACGAAGAUAUGGAAGAGGACGAUGAGCCUGUGCCCACGGAACUCGAUACGGUGAACAGUUCCGGUGGAUUCUCGAUCGUGUUGCUGGAUAAGUUAUCGGUUCAGUAUCCGAGUGUGAGUUUGCAUGGACAUGAUGUAGGUGUUGUGCAGGCGAAUUGUCCUGCACCUGUGAAGCGUUUGUUUUAUUAUUUUGAGAUGUAUGUUAGGAGUGCUGGUGCUAAAGGUACUGUUGCUAUUGGAUUUACUACUGAAGGGUUUAAUUUGCGCAGACAGCCUGGGUGGGAAGCAAACAGUUUUGGAUAUCACGGGGAUGAUGGACUGCUUUAUCGUGGGCAAGGAAAAGGAGAGGAUUUUGGCCCAAAGUAUACCACUGGUGAUACAGUUGGUGGUGGCAUUAACUAUGCUUCACAGAAGUUAUUUUUCACGAAGAACGGUCAAGUGGUUGGAACAGUAGAGAAAGAUGUAAAAGGUCGUUUAUAUCCUACAAUUGCUGUUCACAGUCAAAACGAGGAGGUGAGUGUUAACUUUGGUAAAGAUCCGUUUCUCUUCGAUAUCAAGGCAUAUGAAGCAGCUCAAAGGGCAAAACAAGAUACAUCUAUUGAAAAAAUAAGUAUACCACAGACAGCGAGUUACGGAAUUGUUCGUUCCUACCUACAGCAUUAUGGCUAUGAGGAAACCUUGAAUGUAUUUGAUGAGGCUAGCCAAACUUCAGUUCCUCCUGUUACCGGUUUUCAUGAUAAUGGCUUCAACGAGCAUGCCAUGUAUGCAUUAACUCAUAGAAAAAUUCUUCGAAAGCUAAUUAUGGAUGGUAAAAUUGAUGAUGCAAUUAGUAAUCUACAUGAGUGGUAUCCCGAGACCAUCCAGGAUGAUACAUCAGCCAUUUGCCUUAUGCUACACUGUCAAAAGUUCAUCGAACUAGUUCGGGCUGGACGUCUAGAGGAAGCUAUGGAUUAUGGGAAGAAUCGAUUUGAAAAGUUUUAUAACUUGAAACACUAUGAAGAUCUUGUGAAGGACUGUGCUGCUUUGUUGGCGUAUGAAGAACCAAAUAAAUCAACAGUGGGGUAUUUGCUGGAGGAAUCACAGAGAGAGAAGGUGGCGGAUGCAGUAAACGCCAUAAUAUUGUCUACAAAUCCGGACUUGAAAGACCAUAAAAGCUGCUUGCAUUCGUAUCUCGAGACACUUCUGAGGCAGCUAAGUGCUUGUUUCUUACAGAAACGAUUACUCAACGGGAAUCAAGGAGAAGCUUUCCAUCUGCAAAGAGUGCUCCUUGCGAAAAACACUUAGCUGUUUGAAACCUUUGGUAUACUGUCGAUAUCGCGACUUGACAUUUUUCUAUUCAAAUGUUUCUGGUCGUAACUAAACCAAAGCAGUAGCAUGUACAUUUUUUCAUGGUUUUUCCUCAACACUUGAAGAAUGCGUUUGGGUGUUAAUUUCUAACACUCACACGAACAAAACAAA